ACUCUGCAAGAAGUUUAAACAAUCGGAUGAAAAAAUUUGGAUAUCCUUUAAACCCUCUUUACAGGUCGUGUGGAACGAACUAUGACUUCGGUAUUGUAGUACAUUUGUUUAUGUUCUGUAGAGUCUAUACCAAAGAAAAAAUGGCGGCUGACAGCAUUAUUUCUUCAUGUAAAUGUGUGACUAAGACGUUUCAUUGAUGAUGACUUGAAUAUAUACUGUCCAUAACCAAAGUCUCAUGUCCAAUCCUCUGUUGAUAUGGUAUGAAGAAUUUUGAUGCAACAUUUUUCUAGCAUUUGAUUAAAACCAUGUACAAGCUUCGACCUCAACAUUCCUACCUGUCUUUCGGAGCCUUUGGUUGCUAUGCCAUCAACUUGCUGUUCUUCAUUAUUUGUUUCUGCACAAAUCACUGGUGGUACUUCCGGUUGGACGGAAAAGACAUUAACAUGGGACUGUGGAUAGGUUGCUGGCAAUCUGUUGACGGAGGCUCAGAGUGUUCCAACUCGGUAUUUGAGAACAAAAUUUUCAAGGAAGGCGGGGGUAGUGACUGGUACCACGGAGCAAGAAUCCUCAUGACAUGCUCACUGAUAGCCAUUUUCCUCCAGGAGUUUGCGCUGAUAGGAUACCUGUGCAUUAACGAAGUUGAGAAAUACAGACAGAAGCUCGCUGGUGCUAUACUAGGAUUCUCAGCUGUUGUUGUUUUUCUUUUGCUGCUUAAUUUUAUCAUAAUUGGAGCGGAAGUGGGCGAUCUCCCGCAAGGACGAAUAGGCUGGUCUUUCGGGUUGACGUUUUUAUGUAUUCCCUUAGAAGGUGCGAUUGGUGUUGCAAUAUUCCUGGAAAGAAGAAAUGAACAAAAAAUUAUUGAAAAAUUAAAACCAGAUGUGACAAUUGAAGUUAAUUCAAACAUUCGCCAUUCUGGACUUUCCGUUGUUAAAGAUCUACCUGAUCCAUAUCCUAGGGACGACUUAUCCUACUCCUAUCGCUCCUCCACGGGAAGCCUUUCUCUACAUACUGGAUCCUACUACCACAUUCCUGGUAAUCUUUCAAUAGACUCUGUGUCAACUGAUGUUGUGAAUUAUUCCGAGGAACCGGGGUCAUCUAAGAGGGGACAGAAGGAGUGGGAGGUCUAAUAAGAUGGUUAUAUCCAAUUUUAUCCGGAGACGUUAACUUGAUUAAUAGUAGUCGGUUUCAAUAUUUCCGUACUUGCAGACACACAUAUACAGUCACAUGUAAAAUUAAUGAAGCAGCAUUAGGCAGAUAACUGUGCAAUAAAUUCAAGUUUGAGACUUUAUAUGUUAACAUCAUUCAGAGAAUAAAAACAUAUAGUCACU